CACAAAUCGAGUGAAAAAAGUGAUUAUUUUGUAAACUAAUGGCAAAUGCAGUGAAAAUACAAUUUCUCACUGAAAUGAAAUGCAUUUACAACUGAAUUGAGUGUUCAUUGAAUUGAAUGACAAUUUGGACACAAAAGCGACUGAAAUGAGCGAUAAGUUGAGUGAAGCGAACGAAUGCUAUAAUAAGGCCGACAAAUAUCUGAAGACAGGUCUUCUCAAAUGGAAACCAGAUUACGAUUUGGCCGCCAAUGAGUACUCACGAGCGGCGACCUGUUUUAAGUCACUGCAAAUGCCGGACAAGUGUUUGGACGCUCAGCUUAAGGCCGCCGACUGUUACCUCAAAGUCAAGUCAUAUUUCUCGGCCGCGAAAUGCUUUGAACAAUCGGCCAUUAUUUCCAAAGACAUGAAUAAAUGGGAUUUAAUGAUCAAAUAUAUGGACCAAUCGUGUUAUCUGUAUAGAGAGCACGGAGUGGUGGACACCGCGGCCCUAACCCUGAAUCGCGGCGCUCAGAUGAUUGAGAGCAAUAACCCGGAAAAGGCGGCCGAAUGGUACGGACAGGCGUCGGAGGUAACAAUGAUAGAGGAGAGACAGAGACAGGCGGCCGAAUACGCCAACAAAUCGGUCCGUAUUUAUCUCAAACUCAAGAAAUACGACGAAGCGGUCGAGUGGUUGAGGAAAGCCAUGAACUAUCUGUUGGAAGCCGAAGAUAAUCAGGGAUUGGGUCGACUCUAUGUCGGUCUUGUGCUCAUCGAGUUGGCCCGCGAAGACGUUGUCUCAGCACAAAAAGCCUUCCGAGAGGGCAAGAGUUUUAUUGAAGACCAAGAAAUCUAUUCAUUGAACACAAUGCUCGAGGGUUUCGAUCAAAUGGAUGCCAACGCUAUCGUCAGUGGACUCAACAGCCCUUUCAUCAAAAGCCUUGACAACGAAUACACAAAAAUAGCCCGAAAUUUAACACAAAAAUAUUCGGCGAAAGCAAACGAGAGCUCUAACGCCGACGAGUCCGUUGAUGAAGAGGCGGGUGCUAUGCUCUGAGGCCUCAUAUCAUUACUUAUGGAUGCAAUGUAUUAUAGAAACGAAGUUUUACUGUAAAUAUCAAUUAUAUUUCAAUCGAUUCAUUCCCUUAUAAUUCCAAUAAUUAUUUCAAACAAUAUUCUCUAAACUAAUGUAAUUUAAAAGUAAUGAUUAAUCCCUGAAAGAUAUGAUUUUAAACCAAACAUGUAUUGUAAUUGUGGCACAAAAAAAAUAAAAUAAUUUCAAUUCAAAUAA